AAAUUUGUGGUGCCGUACUGUGUGGUGCUGUGGACAAGAGACAAAACAAUAAACCCUUUCUCUCUCUCUCUCUCUCUCUCUCUCUCUCUAUCUCUCUCUUUCUCUGUCUCUUUCUUUCUCCCUCUUUCUUUCUCUUUAUCUCUCAUUUGCUCACCGCUGUGUGGUACGGAGCUUGCACGCGAGAAGAACGAAGAUCUCGAAACUGCGCAAGUGUGCAACACGCUGUCCCUUCGCGGAUACGCAGAGCGAAAAACACACAAAAAAAAUACAUACAGAUGUCUGCCCCAAUAGUACAGAUUCGCGUUUCGUCGGUUUCGGUCCGGUGUUGUGCAGGGUCGUAAAAUCGUUCCGUUCGAAGUGUUUGUACGCCGCAAAGGAGAGCAGCAAAAAAAAAAAUAAACAAAAAUGCAAUUCUGUAACUAAAAUACGUUGCACAAGCAGUGUGCAGUUUGCCGUAGCGAAAAAAAAAACAUACCGGGUAAGGGUUGCGCUUUGAUUUCAGCGAGAUUGAAGCACAUUGAUAGACGACGCCUUUUUUGGCCAUCCGAGCGAGAGAAAGAGAGAGAGAGAUUGAGAGGUCCCCCCCACUAGUGUGUUUUGCGGUGAAAAAAUCAAUAUCCUUGAAGGGAUGACGAACAGAGGGUUGCAACAGAGACGCCCUUAAAUACGCAGUAGCCUUUGCCAGAGGGGGGCGAUCGUCUGACAUUUUAGUGCAUUGAAUUUCUAAAGUGCCAGAGUCCGGCUGUGUUUCGGUGUAUCACAACUGACCCAAACACCCCGAACAUGACCUAUUACACUGGCGAUAAACAUUGUGAACCCACCUAAAGCAAACAACGAUAUAGAAUGUUGCCCCACGGCAGCAGUAAGAGCGAUUAAAGGGCGCUCGUGCAAGUGCGUGGAGCUGUGAACACCUCACAGAGGAAAUCAAUUCUAGUCCUCGUCAUAUUGCAAAUCCAGUAUUUGAAGUUGGUGUUUCCGAUCUAGUGAACAGCAGUAGCCUGCGUUGGCAAACAAGAAGAAUGCAUCGUCAGCGCCAUCUGAGUGUCGAACACUCAAAUAGCAGCUUCAAAGCUGCAAGGAGCUGCAAAGCAGCUUUCAAGAUGCAAAGACACGUGAUGUGUUUGGGAUUGUUGGUGGUAUUGGCAUGUUCGAUUACCGGAGGGCAAGCAAAUCCACUGAAAAACCGCUGUCUACAGUUUGGGACGACGUCCACUACCAACACGCAGCAGCAGAACGGGCAGGAGUUUGUCGACGAUUACGACAGCUACGACGAUCAGCCGGAACCAUCGGAUGAGCCCGUGUUCGAAAAGAACGUUUCCACCGUCGCCACCUGUUCCCGCACGGCACCGUUCUGCUACACGCUGUGGACGUUCGACAUCGUGAAGAACGUAACGCGAGUGGUUGUGCAAGGAUGCUGGGGAUCGAACGACGAUCAGGAAUCGUGCAGCAGCAACGAGUGCAUCAGCACGACGGAAACACCCACCCGGCACUUCUUUUGCUGCUGCAGAGGCGAUAAUUGCAACGGCAACUUUAGCUACCUGCCGCCACCAACCGCCGCGGACGGGUUGAGCAUGCGGGACGAGAACGAAAGCAUUACGCCGUUCGCACCGUACACCUCGAUCUGGAGCUCGCCGACGGUGUACAUCUGCUUUGCGCUGGUCGCCAUCAUGACGCUCGGCAUCGGUGGGUUCCUCAGCUGCCGCCAGCUACCGAAGAAGGGUACCGGUGAGCUGCUGGAGCACAUGGAACCGUCCGGCCCGGGCUACAGCUCGAAUCUCUACAACGUCGACAAUCUGAAGCUUGUGUCGAUGAUCGGGCAGGGCAAGUACGGGACCGUUUGGAAGGGUAUCGUAAACGAGAAGCCAGUGGCGGUGAAGAUCUUUUCCGCCCAGCAUCGGCAGUACUUCCUCAACGAGCGUGACAUCUACACGGUGCCACUGAUGGAAUCUCCUUCUCUAUUGGCAUAUUUCGGAUCGGACGAGCGCCGCACGCUGGACGAUCGUAUCGAGUACAUGCUGGUGCUGUCCCUAGCCCCGCUCGGCUGCCUGCAGGACUGGCUGACCGACAACAGUGUGCCGUUCAGCACCUUCUGCCGGAUGGGCAAAUCGAUCGCCAACGGGUUGGCCCACCUGCACACCGAGAUCCGGAAGGGAGAGCUGGUGAAGCCGUGCAUCUGCCACCGGGACCUGAACUCGCGCAACAUUCUCGUCAAAUCGGACCUGUCCUGCUGCAUCGGCGAUCUGGGCUUUGCGCUGAAAACGUUCGGCGCACGGUACGAGUACCGGGGCGAGAUAACGCUCGCCGAGACGAAGAGCAUCAACGAGGUCGGCACGGUGCGCUACAUGGCGCCGGAGGUGCUGGAGGGCGCAGUGAACCUGCGCGACUGCGAGUCCGCCCUCAAGCAGAUCGACGUGUACACGCUCGCGCUGGUGCUGUGGGAGCUGGCGAACCGGUGCGAAGAUUUCUACCCCGAGGGCACCACCGUCCCGGAGUACCGGGCACCGUACGAGGAGUACGUCGGCUCGAACCCGAACUUUGAGCAGAUGCAGGUGCUGGUAUCGCGCAACAAGGCGCGACCCACCUUCCCGGCCCACUUCGGUACCGGGCUGGUGACGCAGAUCGUGCGCGACACGUGCGAGGACUGCUGGGACCACGAUGCGGAAGCUCGCCUGACGGCCAUGUGCGUGCAGGAGCGGCUGCAGGAGGUGGCGCAGAUCAACCCGCGGGCCCGCACCAUGCCGCCAAAGGGCUGCAGCCACGACGAUGGCCCGGCGCUGGAGAAGGCCCAGCUGUAUCAGCUGGAGAGCGACGGUACGGCCAUCGCCGCGAUGAUGGGGCACCAGCGCUACAGUCCGGACGGCACGAUCGCAUUCAUGACACCGCCGAACCAGCAGAUCAUCCCUCAGGUACCGCCGGCCGGGUACCGGGAGGACACGACCGGCUCGUACAAGUACGGUAAGCUGUCGUCGUCGGGCGGUGCCAGCUCGACCACGCACAGUGGCGCACCGUCCCGCUCGCAGUCGGACGAGGACGAACAGCAUACGGUCGGGCGAAAAGGACUCGCCCCACUAAUACAGCGGGGGGAAGGCUCGUUCGAGGGAAAGGCAAUGCCGCCCGGCAAAGGGCUGGGCGGGAGCGUGAAGGUAAUGCUGCAGAAAACAUUCCACAAGAAUCAUCUCGCGGGCGUAACCGCACCGUCGCUAGUGCGCCACGCGUACGAUGUGCAACAGAAAUGUGACGAUACGGACGGUGAUCGGUCCAACCUGGUCGUGGUGGUCGAAACCAGUGACACGUGCUCGCCGCGCAAUGCAUUGCUCUCAGAGGAAGAGAUCCUGAUGAAUCAUCACAACAACCAGCAGCAGCAUCAGCAGCAGCAGCAUGUGCAACAGCAGCACGUUCAACAGUCUGGCGGUGUGGAACGUCCCACGAAUCUGGACCUCGGUACGGGCAAGUACGAGAGCAACCUACUGCUGCACGAACCACAUUCCGUCGGCAAUGUUACCGCCACCGAAGGUGCCGUUAGUGCGCGCGGCCGAGCCAAAGCGCUUGCCGAUGCAGAUUUCACCAGACAGUCGUUCGCCAUACUGGACGAGAUGGCGGUGGACGACGACGGCGCUACCGUGGAUGAACAUCACGACCCGCAGAAGCUACGCAUCGUCGUUUCCAAAUCGGCCAAUGCCAUGCAUCCGCCCAGAGGGUCGAGACACACCCGGCAAGGAUCUGAAGCAUCGUCGCCACCGCCCUUUCUGGACGAUCGGUCCCUGAAGCGGCAGCGUUCGCUAGAAGUGUUUCAGGAGGUGUUCGGCCCGAAGGGUAGCAUCGAGCGGCUGCGCAAUCCUAGCCAGCGCGUCAAGACACCGGGCGAUGUACCGCCCUCGGUGCGGAAGGUGCGUGCAUCGAAGACGCUGUCGCUCUAUGACGACCGGAUGAUGACGGCGACGGUGGCACCCGGGAGCGGAACUCGCUUAGCAAACUCCGUAUAGCACGAGGAGGUGCUGCUGCUGGAGCUGUAAACGAUUCCGUAUGCGCGAUGCGCGGCUUUGGGAAGUGCUGGGGAGAACCUUUUGCCUCCACUCUGGUGCAAUUAGUCCCACAGAUUGCCCAAUCAAAGUCAUUAGGCUUAUUUUUACUCACUAGUCGAUUGAUCAGACCCCCUUCAGUCUAUGGAGCCGAUAUGACUCUGUCAUUGGUGGGUCCCAGGUUUGAAGAUGGCUUUUUUUUCAUUGAGCCGAAUUUGCCGUUGGCCACGUUAAAGUGUGUCUGGAGAUAGAGGGCGUAACUUUCAAAAAGACAAGCUCCGGUGGCCUUUCUCUUAUUUAUUACCUGCCUGCCAUCAGUUUGCUUCCAGCGGAUGCCUUUUAUAUGAACUAAUUUAUCUCACUGUGCACUCAGCGGCUCUUCAGCAAAACUGGGCGGCCAAUGGCCUUCCAAGGUUUUAGUGGAAAAAUUGUGCUUAUCAAGAGGACAUGAUAGGAAAAGCUCAAUAUCUCAAUAUUGGAAUUAUUAAAAAGAUGCAGAACGUGUCUAAUUAGUCAUGUUUGGACUGGACCUGAAUAAAUUCCUUUCAGUAGCAUAAUCCUUUAUGGCCAGUAUACAUCUGCGGAAGAUUCUAAUGCAAAGAAGCAUUUUCAUUAUUUCCUAUCAUAAAUAAUGAAGCUACAGAACUUUAAAAGUAUUUGAUAUGCUCCAAAUGAUACUCUUUGAUAUGCGCAAUGCCUUGGAGAAAGGAUUGCAAAGACAUCCUAGACCUGUUCAGGUGGGUGCUCCAGUAAAGAAUGCCGGGAAGCUGUUGCACACGCUAAGCAGCAACAGUGCGCCGUAAGCCGUAAUGGACUGAUGUGUAAUGCCACACCACAUUACACACAACAAGGUGUGAGGUUUUUGUUCCACACCAACACGACAGUGGUAGAAGUAGUAAAACAAACACCCGUAAAACAAGGGUAAUUCUUACUCACUUUAUAGAAGUUUGGAUCUCUUCGAUCCUUCAUUAAAGGACAUUACGUAGAGAAUGUAGUCAAAAGGCCGAGUAGAGAGAGAGUAAGAGAGCUAACCAAAGGGCUGACAAAAGACGAGGUCUGGUAUGCCAGCUAAAAGCAAAACAAAACCUCGGCAAAUAGAAGUAGGUGUACUAAGUAAGUGUCUCUAAUUACGAUGCAUGGGUUUCAUGUAACCUUGUGUCGAUGCUAUAUUGCCAUUGCACGUGCUACCACCCACUGCACAACUACGAGUUGUUUCAACUUUGAGUGUUUUUUUAGUACUUUCCGUUGAAACUAGUGAUAACGAUAUUAUAUAUAUAUAUAUGAACUACGCAUGAAUGAUGAACAGUAUUCCCUGCGCAAAGGAGGGGUGGCAUUAACAGACAGGGCACUCUAUUCGUUCAAUACCACAACCACACCAAAACGAUAAUGAUAAUGUGGUCAUACAACACUUGAGAAUAAAAUGGUUAGCAAAAACAAACAAGUAUUACUAGUAAUGCAUAACACAACCUA